UAUACACAUACAUAUGUAUAAGUGUAAAAAUGUCGGUUUUUUCAUCAUUGUAUAUACAUAAAUAUAUACAUAUAUACAUAUAACGUGAUGACCACAACUAACAUUUUCUAUGAAGCAUUCAAUCCUAUAGCUAUAAAGUUAAAGUGUAUUCUGGUAGAAAGAGGCUUAGGUGACCUGGGUCUAGUUCAGGCUCUAAUAAUUAGCUUUGGAAUCUAAGCAUAUUUAUUUAACCUUUCUGGACCUCACUCUGCUUAUAUGCAAUAAGAGAGAAUAAACUAGAUCAAAGAUGUCAAGCAGGAUUCAUCUUGACUACCAACUCCAGAAAGCAGCUUGUUAAGUGCUGAGUUGAGAAUUCUAGGCUGAGUAUGGGCUUAAUAAGGAAGUACACCAUGAUCCAUUAGUGCUGUCCGCUAUGGAUGCAGGAGGUGGAGAGCAGACCACGAGUGCCAUAUAUUAGCUGUCUCCUUGGAUGAGAUUGCCUCCAAGGUCACUUGUACUAUGCCAUAUAAUUCAAGAUAUUUAUCACUUAAAUUUAAGUUUAUAAACAUAAAACAAACUGGAAAAACAAAUCUUGAGGGUCCCUAUCUGAGUAUGGAUUUUGGGAUAACACUUUUUCCUUGGAAGUAGAAAUAAAAAAGGAAGUUUCUGCCAUAACUUUUUUGAAAGAAUUUUUAAGAUAAUGUAAACUUAUCUUCCUUCACUCUUUCAUUCUCCCCUGAAAUAUUUAUUAAGUACUAACUUUGAAAUUGACACAGUGCAUGGUGUUGAAUAUUUGCUGAAUUGAAUUGAAAUGGAGGAUUGAAAGAUGAAUAAGACACAGUUCUCGCUCUUGUGGAGUUCAUGGCCCAGUGGGAAAGGCAGACUUCCUAGCAGGAACGGAGGAAUGAUGCAUUUCAGAUGGAAACUUACAUAUCCCUGGAUGAUAACCUUGGGAACAGCUUGGAAGGGGGAGAGCAGAACUGUGCUGACCAAAACUGGAUGCUCAGAGAGAAUGGAGAAUAAUAAAAUCAGUGAAAUGACAAGAAAGAAAGGAAGACAGAGAAAGAAAGAAAGAAAGAAAGAAAGAAAGAAAGAAAGAAAGAAAGAAAGAAAAGGAAGGAAAGGAAAGAAAGGAAAGAAAGGAAGGAAAGGAAGGAAAGGAAAGAAAAAGAAAAAAGAAGGAGGAAAAAGAAAACGGAAAACUGCUGGGCAGAGCAAGGUGAACCCAACUGCAAAUUUCCCUGACAUAGACUUCACCGUUGUCUGGAGGGUUUCAUCGCUGAUACUUGGAGCUGUCGCCAUGUGUUAGCAUGCCCAGCAGAUAAAGUUAGCAAUCGGAUUUGCAUCUUAAACUGCGUGUUCCCAUCAUGGCAGCAGAGCAGACUGAUUAGGCUUCUCGAGUAGUCUGGGCCCUCUCUUGG